AUGGGACGCAUAAACUGGACAAGAGCCAAAAAAUCUAUUUUAGUCACUCCACCAACAAUCUCUAACAUUAAUUCUAACCCUAUAGAAAGUCAAGCAAAAACAUUUUAUCCUGCCUCUUCUCAGUCAAAUAAUUUAAUCCAUGGCCAAUUAAAUCAACAUGGAAAUAAUUGGCAGCAAAUUUUACAGCAAAAUUCUUUGGGGGACUCUUCUUCUUGUUUAGGCCAAAUUGGCCAACAAUGUCAGCCAAAACCUUUUCCUCGAAUUCCUUCUUUCCAAGCUUCUUCAUCUCGCUCACACAACAAUUUUAGCACAGAUCAAAACCAACAAAAUAUAUUUCAUAAACAAAAUUCAUUCCAAGAAUCGUCUCACACAAUUAACAACCCUAUACAAGAACAACUAUUUGGGACAUCUUCCUCUUCCCAAAGAAUUCCCUCUGUUCAAAUACUUUCAUCAGGAAAAACAAAUAGCGAACCAAUAUUACACCUUCACCAAAUUAACCAACAACACCCCCAACAACACCCCCAACAACAUUCUAUUAAUUACCCAAAUCAACAUCAACAACUCCCAACUUUAUCUAUUCCUACCCCCAAAAAUAUAUUUCCAAAUAAACAACAAGCUAUUUACAAUUUUACAAACGAUCAUUAUGGAGGUCAUAGAACACCGAAUCAUUACUCACCUUUUAAUCAACAAAUUCCCUCGAGAGGGAGCACAACAAAUUUAUUUGCAAUGGGGAAUAAUCAUUAUGGAGGAUUACCAUUAGAAUCGCCAACAAUGUCUAUCAAUCAAAGAAAUAAUUAUCAAUUAGAACAUCAAAUCCAAAACCUCCUCCAAAAUAAAGUUCCCCAUAGUGUUUCAAUAAGUUCUUCAACUAGCAAUAGUAAAAGUACUUCAACUGAUGGGGAUAAAAACAAUAAGGAAAUGAUUGAAAGAAUUGUUUGUGAUUUACAAACAACAAUUCAAACAAUUAGACAUCAAAUAAACCAAAAUAAUGAGCUUUGUAAACACCUUACAGAAUUAAAAGAGAAAAGUUUACACAAAAAAACAUUACAAGAAGCUUUAAUGAAUCAGAAUGUAAACUUAAAUCAAAUGGCAGAACAUAAUACACAAUCACAACACAAUUUAAUUGGAAACGUUGAGGAACAACAUUUACAGCACUUUGAGGACCCAUUAUUAUUUCAUAAUGUUGGAGAACACCAUAACAAUAAUUUAUUUGAUAAUAUGGAGGAAUUACAACAGAGCAUAACAAGUAACGUUGAGGAACAACAUCUUCCACAUCAACAAAACAUUGAAGAAAUAUUUGGAACAAGUUCAGAACCAAGCAUGUUAAACUUUGAAGAAGCAGCUCAACAGAAUAUCACGAGAAAAAGAAACGUAAACAGAAAAAGGAAAAAUUGA